AUGUCGAACCGCAAGAAUGUGCUAUAUUUAUUCGACGUAGACGGAACUCUGACCAAACCGCGUCAGGUAAUCACAGAAUCACUAAAAAACUUUUUACUAAAUGAUGUCAAGUCCCAAGCGUCGCUCGGACUCGUGAGCGGGUCCGAUUAUAAGAAAAUUGUGGAGCAAAUGGGAGGAGAACAGGUGACUAAUCAAUUUGAUCAUGUGUUUUGCGAAAACGGCGUAGCACAUUACAGACGAGGCGAGCUAAAGAGCACAGAGAGCAUUCUUAAUUAUGUUGGUGAGCAGAAGUUACAGGCAGUCAUUAAUUUUGCACUGGGAUAUAUGUCAAAGUUAGUUCUCCCGGCCAAGAGAGGGAACUUUGUAGAGUUCCGUUCCAGUAUGAUCAACCUGUGCCCUGUGGGCCGCUCCUGCAGCCAGUCUGAACGAGAUGAAUUUUCAUUAUAUGAUAAGGAACACAAAAUAAGAGAAAAAUUUGUGGAGACUCUGAGGAAUGAAUUUAAGGACUAUGAACUGAGUUUUGCACUCGGCGGGCAGAUCAGUGUAGAUGUAUUCCCCAAAGGCUGGGACAAAACAUAUUGUUUGAGGCAUGUUUCUGAUUUCAACUAUGAUGAAAUCCACUUCUUUGGUGAUAAGACCAUGGCAGGAGGUAAUGAUUAUGAGAUAUAUCAUGAUCCCAGAACUAUUGGGUACACAGUAACAUCCCCUGAUGAUACUAAAGAAAAAUUGAAACAAAUUCUAAACAUUGCAUAAUGUGUCAUCACCCCAUACACCGAGACAAAUGCUGUGCAUAUAUGUAUAUGAGUGCUAUAUAUUAUUAAUAUAAAAUGAAUUAUAUAUGUAUAAUAAAUUGUAAUUCUAAAACAUAUAA